GCUUUGAAUGUUUGAGGUGUAUCCAACAAAGACGUACUAAACCCGAAUCAGAACGUAUGCGAUUCAAAGGAAGAUUAUAUUCUGGUUCUAUGGCCUUGCUCUUUAAUAUUUGUCAUUGUCCGCCCAUAUUUUGAUAUUUGACUCCACGAUCAACAUCCUGCCAGUUGCACCAGCCUUGGAUUUGCUGACGUGUCGGCUUCAUCUGCUCAUGCUCGAGCAGAACCAGAUAGCCCAACUGACGACAUGGCUGUAAAUGUAUCUCAUGUAUACAUUUUACUUUUAUUUAUUAUUAAUUUCAUAUCCAAUGCCGCCACCGAAAGGAGAUUCUCCGACUUCAAGCGAUGUGCUGACGAAGAAUGCAGUAUGCUCCUGUGCCGGGGGAAAGCAUCAAGUGAUUUCACUGGACCAGACUGUCGGUUCCUGUCUUUUAAAAAAGGAGAGACGGUAUAUGUCUACUAUAAACUCUCAGGCAGAAGGACAGAUAUAUGGGCGGGAACUGUUGGUAGCCGCUUUGGUUACUUCCAUAAGGACCAACUCGCAAUCAAUCACAUAUACACUGAAAAAGAAUUGGAGAUUCCUGCUCAGGAAACCGACUUUGUUUGUUUUGACACCGGACAUGAUAAGUUUGACAGUUAUGACAUUGAGUCACUGUUAGUCUCCUCAUUGUUAACGGACCAAGACAAGUCUGUACAAGGAACCACAGAGACUUUAGACCGAAACAAAAAUGCAGAGAGCACCACAGUGGAAGUGGAUGAGCCUCCACCUGAAGUGACUCUGUUAGAAAACAAUGAGAUUGAUAGUGAUGUUCCUGAGGACAUUGAUAAGGUUUUAGAAGAGGUUUUAGAGGAGUUUCCAGAGGAUAAAGAUCCAGGCCAUUUUGAUCAUUUAGAGUCCUCUCUACCUCAGCCUGAAAUUGAAACUCUUGACGCAAAAGGAGUUGAAUUUAACACAGUAGUUGAGCCCACAGCUGAGAGGAUCAAAGAUGACCUUCAGAAAUAUCAGCUGACGACCGAGGACUCUGUGCCGGACAGUGUUGUUGAACCAGAGCAAGGUGAGACUAAAGAAAGCCUUUCAGAACCUCUAUCCAAAGAUGAUCCUGAGUUGGAGAAUGCGCCAGAUGGUUUUUCAGAAGGCAGACCUGUCCCUCAGUUGAAAACUACACUUGGAACAACUUUUGAUGCUGUCACCUCCGAUGACGAGGAAACUAGGAAGGUGACUCCAUAUGACGACGAGGAAAGUGAAGAGUUUGAAUAUCAGCAGGAUGAGAAAAGUGAUUUUCAUCUAAGGGAAACUCCAUUGCUGGCUUUUUCUGAAGAACAUUCUAAUUUAGAACACGAAGACAUUGAUAAGGUUUUAGAAGAAGUAUUAGAGGAGUUUCCAGGGGAUAAAGAUCCAGGCCAUUUUGAAUCUGAUCAGACAGAUGAGGAAGAGAGUCCACCAGAGACAGCUGAAAAACAGGACUCCAAGGACAAGAACCUGUGGUCUUCAUUAGGUGAUACAGUUUUUAACAUUGUCAGUGGGGGGGAAAGAACAGCUCAUGUUACAGGUUCAGAGGAAGAGGACGACGAUGACGACGAAGGUGAGAUUGCACCAGAGGAGCCUCCCAAAAUUGAAGAACCCAAGGAGAAUAUACAGCUGCUAGCCAAUGACCCAAAGCAGGAGCCAGAGGGAACAGAACAGCCACAUGAGGUCAUCUUUGAGGAACCUGUAGUUUCUAAUUUCCUUGAGGCGGCUGUCAAAAUGCCUGAUGUGGAUUCCCAGACUUUGCAGUUGGAGGAUGAACCUGAAGAAGGGGACAUUGAACCUUCAAUACCGCUUGCUGAUGAGGUGAUUCCUUUUGAACAUACUGAGGAGGCUAUAGCAGAGAAUCUUACAGUAAAUGACAGCCCAGUCCCUAAACACGUCUCACAGACAGAAAUGCUCUCAGACUUUGAUAGUAAUACUAUCGACUCAGAACAGACGCAAGCUGUUGAAGAACUCCCCAUACAAAAAGAACCCAGGGAGAAUAUACAGCUGCUAGCCAACGACCCAAAGCAGGAGCCAGAGGUAACAGAACAGCCACACGAGGACAUAUUUGAGGAACCUAUAGACUCUGAUUUCCUUGAGGCUGUCAAAAUGCCUAAUGUGGGUUCCCAGACUUUGCAGUUGGAGGAUGAACCUGAAGAAGGGGACAUUGAACCUUCAAUACCGCCUGCUGAUGAGGUGAUUCCUUUUGAACAUACUGAGGAGGCUAUAGCAGAGAAUCUUACAGUAAAUGAAAGCCCAGUCCCUAAACACGUCUCACAGACAGAACUGCUCUCAGACUUUGAUAGUAAAUCUAACGUAUCAGAGCAGAAACAAGCUAUUGAACUCCCUAUACAAAAAGAGUCGAGAGAUUUCUCACAAGUAGAGAAUAAAUUGAAACCGGGUGGUACAGAGGUUUUCAGACGAUUUAGAGGACCUAACGCCCCAGAUCCAACUAAAAACACAAUGGUUAAAGAGAGGCAUGAAGAACUCCCUGUAGACAAUGAGGAUUUGAUAGACCCAGAGAACUUGGAGAUUGAAGAAGAAUUGCUAGAGGAUGAAAACGCAGCAUUGUCUUCAUCCAAAACCGAGCACACUGAUAAGGACAAAGAAAGUAGAUCGGAAUUUGGGUCAGAGCAAUCCAAUAAUGCUACAGAAACCGAGGUAUCUAGUGAUGAGUUGGAUGUUGUCCAAAUUGAGGAGGCUAUUGACAUAGAACCUGAGGAGCAUGACAUAGAAGAUUCAGAAAGCGCAGGCUUGGAUCAAACACAUACACCCUCACUUGAAGACAAAGUUCCGGAUCCCAUUUCAGGCCAAGAGCCAGAAUACAGUGAUAAUGUGUUGAGGCUGACGCUACUGCGCUACCACUUCAAGGAACAGGAUAUGAAGCUCUUCCAGAAGAUUCUGGGUCUUCAGAACCUCUUCAGGGUGGAGUUCUUGUUCUCUGACCUGGAGCAGGAGCUGAAUGCUGCCCUGAUGUCACAGACAAACACCAGUGAGGACAUUGAAAAGGUUCUGGAGGCCAUUUUGGAGGCCUCUGAGACCCCAAUCCUGGAUGAGAUUGAGAGGAUGCUGGAUGCCCGGGAGAAUGCUGACGUACAGCAGGAGACUGGUGAGCUUGAUGUGGAAGCCACCAUCUUGGACAACUUCCAAGAGUUGGCGUUCACCCUGCAUCAGAAGUACUCAAUGACCAGCAACAGUGCUCCCUUGGCAGAGGGCAGUCAACUACACCCUGACACCGAUGGGGACGUGUCUGAUACAGAGGAAGAAAGGACGUUCCUGCACUCUGUGGAGGACAUACACGAGGACAACCUCACUCUGACGGUGACGGGUGAAGAGACUAAGGCACCUGAGGAGAAGCCUGACCAUGAAGGCCACAACAGACCAGAUCUGGAUAUGGGUCUUGAGGAGGAUGUGGGGCAUUUUAACAGAAACCAAGACAAUCAACCAGAAGAAAUCCAGAGGGGCCCUCAAGCUAUUUUGGAAAAUACCUUGGACAUGGGACUUGUUGACAUGGAGCACCCUUCCUCAGGCUCUUUGGAGUCGCCCCCCGUUUCUGAUUUCCAGGAAGAGGAGCAGAGUAGUUCAUCAAUCGUAUCGGUGUUAAUUUUCUCUGGUAGUCUAGUCACCGUGGUUUAUGAGUACCUUGGAAUAUAUGCUGUUAUGAUGGUCACCUGCCUGCCAGAGGAAUGGAAGCCAGGUCCAGACUUUUACGGCGUGUCCUGGGAACCCGUGCUGGCCACUGCAGGCGCAGGGUUCAUCGGCUUCCUCUUCCUCUUUUGGAGGAGUGUUCUAUCUGUCAAAAGGAAGUCCUAUCUAACUACUGAAAAAGAGAUGGCAGACAGGAUGAAAACAUUUGAACAAGAGAAGGAGGAGAUACUCCUAAAGGUUGCUGAACUGCAACAACAGGGUGAAGAACUCAAAGAAAAGAAAAAGCUGUCUGAGAAAUCUGCCACCUCAUCUCUGGAAAAGAUCCAAGAAUUAAAAAAUCUUGUGCAAGAUAUGGAGAGACAAAAUGAGUGCCUGGACGAGGAAAAGAACUUGCUCGCCAGAUCCUUUGACGAAGAGCGGACAAAGGCGGCGAAACAUCAAGAUAUGAUGUCAGAAAUGGACAAAACUAUUGAGAAGUUGAAGCGGAGCAGAAAGAAGACUCAGGAGGCUCUCUCAAAGGCUACCAUUCUGAUGGAAGAAGCCAAGCUCCGCGAAGAUGCACGGAACGUCCAGCACCAUGUUCUGGAGAAGGAUAUCGCCACCCUGAGAGAGGAGAACAUCUCACUGCACCACGCUGCCAAUUCGUGGGAGGAGAAGCACAGGGAGUUGAGCGAGCAGAUCAAAGUCUAUCAGAAGUCCCAGAAAGACCUGGAGGACUCCCUUGCUCAGAAGGACCACAACGUUGAGGUUUUGUCUGACCUCCUGGGAGACCUCGAGGCCUGCGACGACCUGAAAGGAGGCGUCGUGGCUAACGGGGAAGCCGCUAACGACAAGCAGACCGUCAUCCGAAACCGCAUUAAGCAAAUGAUGGAUGUCACUCGGGUCCAGACCACUCUGUCUGUUGUGGAGGAAGAGCGCGAUCGCUUCAUGACCAAGCUGCUGAAUGAAGAGAAAGCUAGGAAAGAGCUGGAAGAACAAUACCAGAAGCUGGAGCAUGCCAUCUUGUUGGUGAAAAGUGAUAAGAACCACCUGGAGAACCAGUACAAGACCCUGCAGCAGAAGAACGAGAUCAUCACAGAGAUGUACCAGCAGAAGGAGAACGCCUUGCAGCAGAAGCUAACCAAGGAGGAGUUUGAGCGUCGCAACAACGAGGAUAGGCUGACUGAGGUGGACGGCAAGGCCCUGGAGGCCGAGGAGGAGGUCAAGGUGUGCAGGCAGCGUAUCAAGGAGAUCCAGGAUGAGCUGAAACAGACUGAAAAGUCCUACAAAGCCCAGAUCAUUGAGCAGGAACAGAAAUCCCAUGAGAACUGGGUUAUUGCACGCGCCGCAGAGCGAGCUCUGCUGGACGAGAAAAAGGAAUCAACCAACCUCCGUAUCAAACUGACGGAGAUGUCCAGCAAGCUGAAUGAGCUCCGUAGGCCUCUAUUCAAACCCACCCCUGGGAUGGCUCCCAUGCCUCUCCGACGAGGUGACUCGUACGGGCCCUCGCCCGUGAGCGGAGGUGCCCCGUCCCCCCCUCUCAUGAUGGAGGGUCCUGGGCGACCCCCCUCUGCCCCUGUGGGGAGACGGAACGAGCCCUACGGACCACGACCUCCAUCUGACCCUCACGGUCGUUACCCCCCUGACCACAAACACCCAGUGGCUGCCAGACCUGACACCAUUGCACCACGGACAUCCUCUCCAAGCAGUCUGGACAGCUCGCAGACCGCUCCACCACAGUCACAGGCUGAGGCCCAGGCCUCCACAGAGAACCCAGAGGCAAACUCAGGACCUCGGGGCCCUGGCUCCCUCCUGGCCUCUCCUAUCAGCUCCCCCCCCGACUCAGGCCCCGGCCCCCUCAGACCAGUUAUCAGCCAUCCCUCCGGACUCUGCUACCGUCCUCCUGGCCCUGGGCCCCAGCACAUCCCUCCUCCCUCACCCUUCAUGCCUCCCAUGUACCGACCAGCCAACGGACACCCAGGCAUGAUGCCUCCCGGACCCCCACCACCUAAUGGACACCCACCUGGCCCCAUGAUGCCACCCGGACAGCGGCCUCCACCUCCUGGUGCCUACGGCCCCCCACACCACCGGGGCCCUCCUCCACCUCACUAUGGACCAGUGCCUCCCCCGUUCGGUGUUCGCGGCGGCCCCCCUAUGGCCCGACCCAUGGGACCACCACGUCCCUACAUGCACUACGGACCACGUGAUCACUCCAUCCCACCCCAGCACCUGCCCCCAGGAGCGGCCCCAUACCCUCCUCACAGUGGCCCCAGAGACUUCCCCGGGCAGCCCCCCAUGCAGCAGGCCCCCCAUGGGCAUGACUCUUCUGUGGGUCCCCAGGGGCAAGACUACAGCUCCCAGCAGGCAGCAGCUACCCCCCAGCCCCAGGACUCAGUCAGCUCCUCCAUGGGAGAGCCUUAGACACCCACCAACUAUGUCAGAGGGCUUGGAUACCACCUGCUACCAUUAACAACCCGGCUAUGUCUAAUCAACCACGAUUUCUCUUUAUUUUUUCCCUUUCCUUUAGAUUUAAUUUGGAUAUAUAUAUAUAUAUAUUAGUGCCAGUCAAAAGUUUGAACACCUACUCAUUUCAAGUUUUUUGUAUUUUUUUUAAAACUAUUUUCUACAUUGUAGAAUAAUAGUAAAUACACCAACAAUGAAUUGUCACAUAGGGAAUCAAGUAGUAACCAAUAAAGUGUUAAACAAAUCAAAAUAUAUUUUAGAUUAUUCAAAGUAGACACCCUUUGCCUUGAUGACAGCUUUGCACACUCUUGGCAUUCUCCCAACCAACUUCAUGAGGAAUGCUUUUCCAACAGUCUUGAAGGACUUCCCAUAUAUGCUGAGCACUUGUUGGCUGCUUUUCCUUCACUCUGCGGUCCAACUCAUCCCAAAUCAUCCCAAUUGGGUUGAGGUCAGGUGAUUGUGGACGCCAGGUCAUCUGCAGCAGUCCAUCACUCUCCUUUUUGGUCAAAUAGCCCUUACACAGCCUGGAGGUGUGUUUUGGGUCAUUGUCCUGUUGAAAAACAAACGAUAGUCCCACUAAGCCCAAACCAGAUGGGAUGGCAUAUCGCUGCAGAAUGCUGUGGUAGCCAUGCUGGUUAAGUGUGCCUUGAAUUCUAAAUAAAUCAGACAGUGUAACCAGCAAAGCAACCCCACACCACCACCUCCAUGCUUCACAGUUGAAACCACGCAUGCAGUGAUCAUCCAUUCACUUACUCUGUUUCUCAAAGACUGGUUGGAAUCAAAUCUAAAAUUUGGAUUCAUCAGACCAAAUGACAGAGUUCCUCCGUCUAAUGUCCAUUGCAUGUAUUCCUUGACCCAAACAAGUCUCUUAUUGGUAUCCUUUAGUAGUGGUUUCUUUGCAGCAAUUCAACCAUGAAGGCCUAAUUCACGCUGUCUCCACUGAACAGUUGUUGUUGUUGUGUCUGUUACUUGAACUCUGAAGCAUUUAUUUGGGCUGCAAUUUGAGGUGGGCAACUCUAAUGAACUUAUCCUCUGCAACAGAGGUAACUCUGGGGCUUCCUUGUGACAGUCUUCAUGAGAGCCAGUUUCAUCACAGCGCUUGAGGGUUUUUGCGACUGCACUUGAAGAAACUUGAAAAGUUCUUAAUGUUCUGCAUUGACUGACCUUCAUGGCUUAAAGUAAUGAUGGACUUUCAUUUCUCUUUGCUUAUUUGAGCUGUUUUUGCCAUAAUAUGGACUUGGUCUUUUACCAAAUAGGGCUAUCUUCUGUAUCACCUCAACCUUGUCACAACACAACUGAUUGGCUCAAACGCAUUAAGAAGGAAAUGCCACAAAUUAACUUAACGAGGCGCACCUGUUUAUUGAAAGGCAUUCCAGGUAACUACCACAUGAAGCUGGUUGAGAGAAUGCCAAGAAUGUGCAUAUCUGUCAAGGCAACGGGUGGCUACUUUGAAGAAUCUCAAAUAUAAAAUAUACAUGAUUCCAUACGUUAUUUCACAGUUUUGAUGUCUUCACUGUUCUACAAAGUAAAAAUAUAAUUCCCUUGAAUGAGUAGGUGUGUCCACACUUGACUAUUAGUGUACCAAGUUAUUUCAUAUAUCCCAUUACUACAUGACCGAAAGUAUGUGGGAACACCUGCUCAUCAAACAAACAUUUAAUUUCUAAAUCAUUGGCAUUAGUAUGGAGUUGGUCUCCCCCUUUGCUGCUAUAACAGCCUCCACUCUUCUGGGAAGGCUUUCCACUAGAUGUUGGAACAUUGCUUUGGGGACUUGCUUCCAUUCAGCCACAAGCAUUAGUGAGGUCGGGCACUGAUGUUGGGCGAUUAGGCCUGGCUUGCAGUCGGCAGUCCAAUUCAUCCCAAAGGUGUUCGAAGGGGCUGAGGUCAGGGCUCUGUGCCCGCCAGUCAAGUUCUUCCACACUGAUCUUGACAAACCAUUUCUGUAUGGACUUUGCUUUGUGCAUGGGGGCAUUGUCAUGCUGAAACAUGAAAGGGCCUUUCCCAAACUUUUGCCACAAAAUUGUCUAGAAUGUCAUUGUAUGCUGUAGCGUUAAGAUUCCCCUCACUGGCACUAGCCCCAACCAUUAUUCUGCCUCCACCAAACUUUUUACAGUUGAGACUGCAUUCGGGCAGGUAGCAUUCUCCUGGCAUCCUCCAAACCCAGAUUUGUUUGUCGGACUGCCAGAUGGUGAAGCGGCAUUCAUCACUCCAGAGAACGCAUUUCCACUCCUCCAGAGUCCAAUGUAGGCAAGCUUUACACCACUCCAGCCGACGCUUGGCAUUGCAUGUGGUGAUCUUAGGCUUGGGUGUGGCCGCUCGGCCAUGGAAACCCAUUUUCAUGAAGCUCCUGACGAAUAGUUAUUGUGCUGACGUUGCUUCCAGUGGCAGUUUGGAACUGUAGUGAGUGUUGCAACCAAGGGCAGAUAAUUUUUACGCGCUUCAGCACUCGGUGGUAUCGUUCUGUGAGCUUGUCGCCUACCACUUUGCGGCUGAGCCUUAGUUGCUCCCUAGAUGUUUCCACUUCACAAUAACCACACCUACAGUUGACCAGGGCAGCUCUACCUAGGCAGGCAUUUGAUUUGUUGGAAAGGUGGCAUCAAACUCAGCAGAAAAAGAAAUGUCCUCUCACUGUCAACUGCAUUUAUUUUCAGCUUACGUAACGUGUAAAUAUUUGUAAGAAUAUAAGAUUCAACAACUGAGACAUAUAAACUGAACAAGUUCCACAGACAUGUGACUAACAAAUUGAAUAAUGUGUCCCUGAACAAAGGGGGGGUCAAAAUCAAAGGUAAGUCAGUAUCUGGUGUGGCCACCAGCUGCAUUAGGUACUGCAGUGCAUCUCUUCCUCAUGGACUGCACCAGAUUUGCCAGUUCUUGCUGUGAGAUGUUACCCCACUCUUCCACCAAGGCACCUGCAAGUUCAUGGACAUUUCUGGGGGGAAUGGCCCUCACCCUCUGAUCCAACAGGUCUCAGAUGUGCUCAAUGGGAUUGAGAUCCGGGCUCUUCGCUGGCCAUGGCAGAACACUGACAUUCCUGUCUUGCAGGAAAUCACGCACAGGAUGAGCAGUAUGGCUGGUGGCAUUAUCAUGCUAGAGGGUCAUAUCAGGAUGAGCCUGCAGGAAGGGUACCACAUGAGGGAGGAGGAUCUUCCCUGUAACGCACGUCGUUGAGAACGCCUGCAAUGACAACAAGCUCAGUCCGAUGUUGCUGUGGCACCCCAGACCAUGACGGACCCUCCACCUCCAAAUCGAUCCUGCUCCAGAAUACAGGCCUCGGUGUAACUCUCAUUCCUUCAGCGAUAAAUGUGAAUCCGACCCUCACCCCUGGUGAGACAAAACCACGACUCGUCAGUGAAGAGCACUUUUUGCCAGUCCUGUCUGGUCCAGUUGCCGGUGAGGACCUGCUUUACAACAGGCCUACAAGCCCUCAGUCCAGCCUAUUGCGGACAGUCUGAUCACUGAUGGAGGGAUUGUGUGUUCCUGGUGUAACUCGGCGGUUGUUGCCACCCUGUGCCUGUCCCGCAUCUGUUAUGUACCAAUCCCGUGCAGGUGUUGUUACACGUGGUCUGCCACUGUGAGGACGAUCAGCUGUCCGUCCUGUCUCCCUGUAGCGCUGUCUUAGGCGUCUCACAGUACGGACAUUGCGAUUUAUUGCCCUGGCCACAUCUGCAGUCCUCAUGCCUCCUUGCAGCAUGCAUAAGGCACGUCCACACAGAUGAGCAGGGACCCUGGGCAUCUUUAUUUUGGUGUUUUUCAGAGUCAGCAGAAAGGCCUCUUCAGUGUCCUCAGUUUUCAUAACUGUGACCUUAAUUGCCUACCGUCUGUAAGCUUGUUAGUGUUUUAAAGACUGUUCCACAGGUGCAUGUUCAUUAAUUGUUUUAUGGUUCAUUGAACAAGCAUGGGAAACAGU